AUGUAUGACAUGUCACCAGACUGCCGGCAGAUGUGUUUGAGCUGUCAGUUCGUCGACAACCCCAAAAAAGAGGGCAUAGAGUGCGCCACAGCUCCUUACAACUGGACCUUCGGGGACACGCGCAUGCGCUGUAACUUCAGGUGUAUCAUCGAGGGACACUUUGAUAAAGAGUCUGGCAUGCCAGCCUACUUCUAUCGCGGCUGCUCUGCUUCUAAUGACCUCACAUCGGAGAAGUGUUACGAGGACGAGGCGAGGGUCUACUGCUCCUUCUCGUGUGUUGAUGACGACUACUGCAACAGCCGGGUGUUGAUGCCGUCUUCCAACAAGAAGUCAUCAGCAUUAAGAGUAACCACGAGUUUUGUAGAAAUGUUGGCAGGGACUGCCCUAGGGCUGUAUAUAGUUGUAAGAUUCUAGCCCUGGGCCUGAGACACCUUGAAGCCCGUUACAGUGUAAUCAUCCUACUUGAAAACAAUUCCAUUGUACAUGGACACCGCAUGCAAAUCAGGACAUGAUACAACCUGUUUCUCUACACUCUGACAAGUUCAUGUUGACAGCAAACAACUACCUAAAGUACAAAUAAAGUAAACUCUGAUAUCACUUGACAGAA